AGUUAAUCAGUCUGAUCGGUGCCUGCCGAUCGAUCAAAGACUGACACACAACAUGUGGAGAUUAGAAUGGGAUGGGUAUUCUCCAAAGCGACUCCUGAGUAAUCCUGUCGAUUACUACUUCCCGGGAGAUCGGUUCAUUCCCAAUAGAAGUUUAAUGGAUAUUGGUCAUGCUCAAAGCUUAUUGACAAGCAGGACAAAGGAAGGCAGCGACCCAAAGCCUGGAUCAUCAGUGGAAUUAGAUUACAAUAAUGAGUACAAGAGGAAAGUAGAGGAAAUUCUGAAUUUGGAUUCUGAAGGAAGACCGUUCAGGAUGCUGGUUUUCAGGGGGAGCCCUAAAACUACCAGAAGAUACUCUCGUCUUAUUGAAGUGAUGGAGCAAGACAGGGUGGAGAUAACAAACAAUUUUAAGCGAUCUUGGUUGCCCAAGUCGGAGGAAAAGAUUUUGCAUGCUCCACUGCUUAAGGCAAACUACUACCUGAAUAUCCUGGAUUGGGGGAAAAACAAUGUUCUCGCUGUUGCCUUGGGCUCAGAAGUAUACCUUUGGAAUGCCAACAAUGGCCUUAUCAAUAAACUGAAGCAAACAAUUCCUGAAGACCAUUAUCCUACAAGUGUGGCAUGGUCUGAGGACACAAAAACAAUGGCCAUUGGACUCAGCAAUUCUGGGCUUCAGCUCUGGGAUGCUGAAACAUUGCAAAUGAUACGUUCCCUAGAUGGUCAUCGCAGCAGCCGGGUGGGAAGCCUUUCUUGGAACAGAAACUGUCUAGCAUCAGGAGGCCAUGAUAGAUCCAUCAUCAGCCAUGAUGUGAGAGCGAGUACCAGUUCAACUUCUUGUUUGCGUGUGCAUACUGCAGAAGUGUGUGGUCUAAAAUGGUCAAGGGAAAGCAAUCUUUUGGCAAGUGGUGGCAAUGACAAUAUCGUUUAUAUAUGGGAUGCUUCUAGCAUGAAAUCAUCCAAAUUCUUGCAUAAGUUCAGUGACCAUCAUGCAGCUGUUAAAUCCCUUGCUUGGUGCCCAUAUCAGUUUAAGAUACUAGCCUCUGGUGGUGGUUUACAAGAUCGGUGCAUUAAGCUAUGGAAUUUACAGUCUGGGAAGUGCAUUAAUAGUAGAGAUACCUCAGCACAGGUUUGUGGCUUGGAGUGGAACAGGCAUCGUAAGGAGAUCUUGAGCGGGCAUGGGUACAGUCUAACUCAUCAGGAAAGCAAUCUAUGCCUAUGGAAAUACCCAUCAUUGUCAAAAGUGGGAGAGCUAAAGAACCAAAUAUCUGAAGUCCUCUACCUCUCCCAGAAUCCAGAUGGAUCAACAGUGGUUUCAGCUGGGAUAGACGAGACACUUCGCUUUUGGAAAGUCUUUGGACCACCAAAGACCAACAGUUUGGAUUUCGAUAGUUUACUAUCUCUAGAGAGACUCCAUAUAAGAUGAAUGAAUUUGAUUUGCUUGUCUGAG